AUGUCUUUUUCAUUCCUCGGUUACUUUUUACUGUUCUUUCUUUCUUUCUUUCUUUCUUUCUUUGCCUCCUUCUCGCAUUCCUCUAUGAGUUUCAUUUUUAACUUACCGCUUUUUCUUCUCACUGUGGAACUAGUUUCUUUUUAUUCCUUUAUUUCUUCUUCUCUUUCAAUACCUCUUUUCCUUUACUCUCUUUUUUUCUUCUUCCCGUUUCUUUCUUCCAUUUUUAUCUAUUUCUCUUCUGUUUCUGCUUCUCAUUACUUUUCUUCCUUCCUCCAUUUCUUUUUUUGUCUGUCUUUCUUCCUCUUUUUCCUUUGUUUUCCUUCCUUUCUUCUUUCUUUCAAUUAUAUGCCUUUCUUUCUUCAUUCUCCUCUUUCUUCUCCUUUUCUUGUAUUUCUUUCUUUUAAUCAUCCACUUUUAUCCUUUCGUUCUUUUCCUGAUUUUCUUUCUUUCUCAGCCUUUCCUCUUCUAUUCCUUUCUUUUCUUGCCUUUCUUCUUUCAACCCUUUCUUUUCCUCUUUUUCUAUCUUCCACUCGUUCUUUCCUUUCCUCCUUCUUCCAUUUUCCUUUCCUUUCUUCUUUUCUCCAUUUAUUUUUAUUUGCUCCCAUAUUCUCUUUCUUCCUUCCUUUCCUUGUUCUUUUCCCCAUUUCAUACGCUCUUUCUUUCUUAUUAUAA